AGGUUGUUAGACACAGUGUGAAUUUAUUUUUUUUCUUCUGAUGCAAGCUGUCACGCCCGCGGUGAGGUCCCUUUCACUGUCGGUUGUCGCUUCUUUUCCUCGAUUAAUAACUUCUGCUCACAAGUCCUUCCCAUAUUUUCAUUUGCUGUGCAUUGAAGCAAACUAACUGAUAAAGUCAAACACGAAUCAUGAGUGAUAUUACCGGCGAGCAAUCCGCUCCUAAGCGGGCCUCCGCGAAGACGAAGGGCAGCGGCAGCCCGAGCAAUACCAGCGCCAGCGAUGGCCAAACAUCGAAGGCCAAGCGGGCCACGCGGAAAGCGAAGAGCAGGGCGAAGCGGAAGUCGUCGAAAGAGCAGAACGAGGGUGUAGUGGCCAAUUCUCCUGAUGAAUUUUCGGAGUUCUACCAGCGAGACGAGGGCCCAGAAAAGACCACAAAUUCACCGCGAAGUGGUGGCAAUAAUUCUCCACCGGAGGAACCGAGAGGGGAAAACGAUUCGCCACGAACCGAUUCUCCAACGCCGAGAGCGCGAACGGACCCACGCAACGUACGGUUCGUACAAGGCCUCUCGGAGAGCGGGCAUUUGUGGCUCUGCCUUCUUUCGCCGGUGAUUAUUACCGGCAUCGUGUUAGCCGUGUACUUUUUUCUCAUCAAGCCUCGGCAAGACUCGCAAAUGCGCGGUGGCAGCCUCGGUUUUCUUCUUGGUGCACCAAACCAACAAGUUGUAGGGCAAACGUCGCAGGCGAGCGGCCGCGUUACGGCAAACGACGUUCAGACCCGGGCGCAAUCUCAAGCAGGCACUACAGAUGGCGUCGCCCAGCAACCGCCGGCCGGCCAACCAGUCGCGGGGGCCGCCGCUGCGCCAGUGGGUCCUGCAAGUUUUUUGGCGUCCACGGGAGAGGAUGAAAAUUCAAUAGGGUCGGCGCAAGCUGCUGACACGUCUUCUGUUCACGACGACGCAGGUCGUGUUCGGACUGAAGACGACAGGGCUGAAGUGGCUCGCUUGGAGGGCACUAUAUUCGCUUCCGACGAUGAGGCAGACUCAGACACUGAAAGUAGAGCAGCCGACAGAAGGAGCACAGAUGCAAGCGCUAAGCGAACGAAGCCGCAGCGCACCAUCAUUUUGGUUUAGGAUGC